CCGACAGCCACCAAACAACUCGGUACGUAUGAGCAAGCCCAUCGUUCUAUGGCAUCCACAAGCAAUCCUAAGCUCAGACGACGCAUGUACCACCAUCCUCAAGUAUGCUCUACCAACCACGUCUUCCGCUGCCGCCCCAUAUCAUUCUGCCUUCACGGCUGGUCGGCCACUUUCCUAUGUCCCUCCGCUCACCUACUUCUGCAUACAGAAGGUGCUUGACUUCCCAGAUCAGGUACAUGCUCUUGGUCGUGCUCGACUAAGUUAUCGAGCGGCUGGUUCCCCGGAUGUAUACGAUCCUCUGCGUGCACUGAUACCUGAAUACCGCGACAACAAGUCCUUCGAUCUGACAAGGGUUGACCCGCGCCUAUGGUCUCUCAUUGUUCAGCUUUAUUAUGGUGUCCCGGACGCGUUCCGUCAUUAUGUUCUUCCGCUAUCGGACGAACACCUACCUUUGCUACAGCGCAUCCCGUCUACCCCAGAGUUCGCAUUGCUCACCGUGCUCGAGCUACCAUGUUGUGCAGAACUGACAGAUGACAACGUCAUUGAGCUCAAAGCGCUGCAUGGCCUGUGCGCAUUUGACGCAAGUGGGACAGCGCUCAGCGCCUGGGGCAUCAAGAGGCUAUCUAAGACUUUGACCUUUGCUGAAGACGAAGAGCAAGGCGAUGAUUCUUCUGCUACUGCGCGGAGAGGUCCAUGGGGUCUACGAAUCCUCGGCCUCAGACACUGCAUGAGUAUCAAGAGUGACGUCUUCGACUGUCUCACCAACUUCCCCUUGCUCUGCGUAGUAGAUCUCAGGGGCACACGUUGCGUACAAAAUAAUCCCGGUCCCUUUCGUCCAAGCAAGGAAUCUAUUCUAUUUAACACCGCCUCUAUGGCAGAAGCUCUCGACCAGCUUGCACAACUACAUUCACCUAGCUCUCUGUUCUCGAAUCCACAUCCAUAUUUCCUUCUGAUCGACUCGCUGUAUCAUCAUGCUACCCCGUUCACGAUGAGAGGGUCGUUGGAGUCAUCGGAAACAACCGAGCUGCAGCUCCUAUCGCGAGGGCGAAAGGACGUUUUCUUGCCAUAUCAGCCUCGCCCACCUUCCCCGGAUAUUUUUAGAGGUAUUAGUGAUGAAGGUGAUGACUUUGACGAUGACGCGAGGGACACGUCCGAUAAUGAUGAUGAUUCGAGCGCAGAAAACAGUCCUGCUAGUGUCUCUGGGGAAGAGGACGGAACGGACGAUGAAUUUGGUGAUGAUGAGUCGCAAAGCGAGGAUGGAUAUGGGCUUACUUUCUCCGACGAUGACAUUGACUCUGCCGAGGAGAAUUUCGCUGCGGGGCAAGAAGCAUACCUGCAUGCUCAACGUCAAGCGGCGCUGCGAUUCUACGAAAACCCUUCGGCCGCAAGGACAGCGCCGUCCGAGCGGAUGCCAUCCCUAUCAUCGAUGCUUCCACGGGUGGACUCGAGUGCUGUGCCGGCGGGAUCCCGAAGUCAUGCUGCGCAGGAGGCAGCUGCGGACCCAUUCAUGCUUGCACGUCCACCACCACCGUGGAGUUCGCUCCCCAAGUCACUCGCCGAAUGGAAGGCGAGGAUACGAGAAUCGCAGGAGCGUCCGAGCAAGAGAGCUCGUGUGGGAGAUCGGCUGGUAGAUGGAAACGCCGUGCGUUCGGAUGGAGCGCGGAACCACGCACGAGUCGAGCAGAACGUGCGGAAGAUGCAGGCAGCAGUUCGAGCGCGCAAAGCUGCUGCUGCACGUAUUCAGGAGGAAAAAAGCGGUGCGAGCGGGCAGAAGGUACCCUCUGCCAAUCCAUUCCUUCGAAAAAAGCAAACUGCGCGAAGCACCCGCCGGGAAGGCCGGGAUUGUGUACUCCCACGCGAAUCAGUGAAAGACGCCGCCAUCAUUUCCAGCGAUAACACUGGCCGCACAAAUAAGCCCCUGCAGCCGAUCUCGCAGCUAAAGGUGCCAACAAUUCCUGCUGAGUGCAGACCGCGUUCAAGAGACAAAACUACCGCGCCAAAGCUGUCCAAGAGACGGAGUAGCAUCCAGACGACAUUACCAGCGUUGAUCAAGGCCCGCAGCACAGAGACAUUGCAAGUGAAAUCACCAAAGCCAGACGAGGACCAUUCGAAUAUUGACAAGGUGAAAAUCAGGCCGGGUGAUAAGGGUGGGAAGGCGGCGAGCAAGGGUCAUGUCACGGAUGGGCGUUUCGACUGGAGACGAUGGAGUGAUGUAGGUGUUCGUCGACCUCGUUAGCGUUUAUGUACUCCAGAAUUCAUAUAAGUUUAUCCACAAAGGCAAUGGUGGAUGCAUACG